UGCAGUGAAUAAGACUAAGCAGGCGAACGCGCGCUCACGACGGGAGUGAGUGUGGGGCGUGUGAUAAGCGGCGGGGUCGCGCGGGGAGGAGCGCUCUCAAUGGUCAUCCUUAAGUCUCAAUGGUUGUAGCCCCUUUCAAGACGCGGCGACACGACAUACUUGAAAUCACGUUAUCUUUGACAGGACAUUUGCAGCUGCUAAACUGGAUGAAUCGAUGAAAGCACUGAAGCUGACUUCCCGUUGGAUCGAGAAAGCGACUCGCCUUUAUACACUUUGGAAACUAAGAAACGAUCAGAAGACACCGACAAAUUGAGUGCGUUCAAGAAUAAAUCGCUGAAUAAUUCGCAAGACGGUAUUUUGAGAGUGAAGCACCUGUGUCUCAACUGAAAUGAGCACAGUGACGGGCCACCUUUAGGACACGCAAAAAGAGGAAUAAAGUCCGGCUGACACUGGGCAUUCCGAGAGACCUGCUGCGGCAAUGUUGCCUCCAGGACUACCGGCCCCAGGCGCUGCUGCGGUGGGCAGGUAAAUAGCGCCGAAUUGCGAUAAUCAAGAUGAUGGCACCGCUCUGGCAAGGUCUCCCUCAACUUGCCGUGCUGUCUCUUUGCUGCUGGCUGCUCGUCCAGAGUUGUGGACCCGGUCCCGGCGGUGGUCGCCGCUCUCGACCAAGGAAACUAAUCCCCGUCCCUCUUAAACAAUCUGUACCCAACUUUUCGGAGAACAACCUGGGCGCCAGCGGAAGACCUGAGGGAAAGAUAACCAGGCAUUCUGAGCGGUUCAAGGAACUCAUUCCUAACUAUAACCCGGGCAUCAUUUUCAAAGAUGAGGAGAACACCGCUGCCGAUCGUCUCAUGACUCAGCGCUGUAAAGACUGCCUGAAUUCACUCGCCAUAGCAGUCAUGAACCAGUGGCCUGGAGUGAAGUUGCGGGUGACAGAAGGCUGGGACGAAGAUGGAAAUCAUGCACCAGAUUCAUUGCACUAUGAGGGACGGGCAGUUGACAUCACUACAUCAGAUCGUGAUUCAAGUAAAUAUGGGACCCUGGCACAACUGGCAGUAGAGGCAGGAUUUGACUGGGUGUAUUAUGAAUCAAAAUCACAUGUCCACUGUUCUGUCAAGUCAGAUCAUGCUGUUACUGUGAGAAAGGGCGGUUGUUUCCCUGGCACAGCUCAGAUUUCCUUGUCUGACGGUCGACAGGUUAGUCUUUCAUCUCUACAACCAGGAGAACGAGUGCUGUCAGUGGACAACUCAGGAAAGAUUGUGCCUAGCCAGGUUUUGCUGUUUUUGGACCGGGACACCAGCAGAAAGGCCCAAUAUGUUGUACUUGAAACCAAGAAGGCUAAAAUUAGACUGACACCUUCACACCUCAUUUUUAUGUCUCCCAACUGGACUACAGAUACCAGUCUGUAUCAGGCUUCAUUUGCAAGCCAGGUCCAGGCAGGUCACUUUGUGCUAACUAUACAAGAAGGAAAGCUUCAGCCUAUCCAGGUGACAACUGUUUCAAUGGACCAUGUGGUAGGGGUGUAUGCCCCACUCACAGAGCAUGGCACCUUAUUAGUGGAUGGUAUGUGGGUGUCCUGCUAUGCCUUAAUUGAAGACCAUUCACUAGCUCACUGGGCUUUUGGACCCAUUCGUUUCCUUUACCAUCACUACUACAGGUUUGUGUCUAGUAUGUACCAUUCAGGCAAUCAUACUAUGGGAAGAAUUGAGACAAACUGGGAUCAGGGUAGACAUGAUGGGAUACAUUGGUAUGCCAAGAUUCUUUAUAGUCUUGGACAUCUGAUUUUGGACCCAGAUAGAUUUCACCCUUAAUAGAGAGUAGUGGGAGCCUACAUUUGGAUAACACAAAGUGAUUGCACUAGAAGACACCUUUCAUACCAAUUAAAGGACAAACUAAGACCAUUAAAAUGUGUCAUAGUACUAUCUUAAGGAUGUCAACAUUUUUUUCUGGCCUAAGAAAUACUGCAUCCUAUCUGCAUGAGAUGAAGAGAAAGGAAGUGGAAGCAGAUUUAAGAUUGCAGAGUCCUGGUGAACACUGUUCAAGAUGCUGGAAGAGAUGUCUUAGGAAUCAUAAAAUUCUGUGAACAUUCAUUUGGCCUCCAACCCUUCUGGUGCUCAUUACUCACUCAUUCUGAUUUGCACUUAACAGAAGCACUGGGAGUGGGAGGUUUUGGGCCUUGUUGAUUAACUGAGCAUUCAGCAAGGUCCAAUAAAGAGUCAGUCCACCAUGUGGAAGAUCCUUGCCAAACAUCAUUACAUCUUCCCAGAAGGGUAGAAUGAGUGGAUUGUCCCCAAAUGGGAAACAUUACUGUUUCCUUUAGAGCAUGCACUGUAAACAUAGCCUUCUGUAGUAAGAAGGGCAGUCACUCAGAAAAACAUUGCAUUGAUGUAAUAGAGAAUUUAAGACAGCCUUUUGAUUCAUUUUUAUGAGAAUGGUAAUAUUUACAGGA